GCCAAGUUGAAUCUUCCAAGGCGUGCACUGAGUGUAUAACGACAUCCAAGAGUUAUUUGCCAUGGUCAGCACUCCUAAUUUAUUAUUGGAGUUACUCAUACUUGUUGAAGGGUUCGGAGAUCCGCCAGUACCUCAGUACUUCGCCUCAUGGACAAGCCUAACCUCUGUGUCCCAUCAACGUUAUAACGAAGUGGUGAUGUUUCUCCGCGAGAAGGCAUUCACUGAUCGCCCGUUGCUGCUCUCGGGCCUUCUAGAACACCCUGUGGUUGGCGCGCGUGCAGGAAUGGCUGUCCCAGAUUGAUAGAUUCGAGACGGUGAGAUUAGAUUGAGAGCGAGGGUACGCAUCCUGUCAUUUAUGUCUGCAUUUCAA